AUGGGAUUUCGGGAUUCCCAGCCUCGUCCUUCUCCUGCCAGAUUCUACUUUCGCCCUGCUGGGAUUUUAGUGAUGGUGGCUUUGUGGAGUGAUCUUUGUGAUGGUGGUGAUGCUACUGAACAUGGAAAAACUGGUUUUGGAUCAGUAGCGAUGAGCUGGUUCCAUUCGGAUUUGCCCAAACCAGCGCCGAGUCUCUCAAUAAAGGUCAAAGAAAAAUUGAAAGAGGAACUAGUGUUGCGUGUGACAAAUAUGGAUUCAAAGCCUGGUGCUCUGACCAAGAAGUUCUCUGUCACAGAUGACAGAGAAAUACUCGAGGUCAUUGAUUGUUUCGGAUGCAUGCUUCCUGGAUGGUGGAGUAUGGAAGCACACACACACAAACCCUAUCCUUCAAGAUAUGAAAGAGAGGGAGAGACCUCAAAAAAGGCUGCCAUAAAAGAGGUGUACAUCAAAGAAAUCAGUGACCACUCUUACAGGUGGUCCUUCCGUGCAAGAGUCACACACAAGAACAAGCUGAUACAUUUCAACACGAAAAGAUCUGGAUGCAUAAUGUCAUUCGACAUUGUCUAUAUCCAGGGAACAGAGAUCAGAAUUAUUGGUUCCAACAAUUGUGCCCUGGCUUUGUCAGAUAAGAUUGUACAAGUGUAUUCAUUUUCUGGUAGUGGUGGAAUACGACAUUCCAAUCAGGCAUACACUCCAUAUGAAGCAACAUGGGAGAUUCAGGCUAACAAAGGUAUGGAGUUUACAGCCCUGGAUGAGGAUGCAACAUUCCCAAGAAUCAUCCUGGCAAAAACAAGCAUCUUAGAUGUGUGUCAGAAGGAAAGGGACUCUUUUGUCGAUGUGAAGAAGAAGAGGGGCUCAUAUAUACAGGAGCAGAUAGAGAGUGGAGUUCAGCCAAUAAUAUGUGUCAAGGGCGGAAAGGUACCAGACUACAGUGGUAAAUCACUUUCAGUAAUUGGUGUGAGCACCAUUCUUAGUGAACCGGAAACGGAAGCAGUGGCUGAUUUGAGAGAAUGGAUGACAAUGCACUGGGCCUGGGUUGGAACUCAAGUCAUCAUGUUGUUUCGCACUGCAGGCAGUCAUGGUACCAUCACUGGUUACAGCACCAUGGAGGCUUGUGUGGAGAUUACCACCCAAAACCUAUAUGAUGAAAUCAAGUUUGAGAAUGAGCAUGGAGGAGUUUGGACUCAAGGGUGGAAUGUAGAGUACAGGGGUGAUGAGUGGGAUCACCAGAACCUACGAGUAUUCGUUGUUCCUCAUUCCCAUAAUGAUCCUGGGUGGAUCAAAACUGUUGAGGAAUACUAUCAAGAACGCACUCGUCAUAUUCUUAGCAACGUUGUGAGAUCUUUACAAAAGGAUCACAGACGUAAGUUCAUAUGGGAAGAAGUUUCGUACCUAAAGGAAUGGUGGAAGGACGCAUCCCCAUUAGAGAAAGAUGGUUUUAUUGCUCUUGUUAGAAACGGACAACUUGAACUUGUUGGAGGCGGGUGGGUAAUGAAUGAUGAAGCAAAUACUCACUACUAUGCAAUCAUUGAACAGAUGACUGCAGGAAAUCUGUGGGUAGUAGACAAUAUCGGUGUAGCACCAACCAAUGCAUGGUCCAUAGAUCCAUUUGGUCAUUCGUCCACUAUGGCCUUUCUUCUAAAACGGAUGGGAUUUAGGAACAUGGUCAUUCAGCGGACUCAUUACGAGGUAAAGAAGUCUCUUGCUUCCAAGAAGAGUCUAGAGUUCAUCUGGCGCCAAAAUUGGGACUCCAAAAACACUACAGAUAUUUUGUGUCAUAUGAUGCCGUUUUACUUUUAUGACAUACCUCAUACGUGUGGACCGGAACCAGCCGUCUGUUGCCAGUUUGACUUUUGGAGAAUACCAGGAUAUAGUAAUGUACUACCUUGUCCGUGGGGAAGACGUCCAGAAGCUAUCACCGACAAAAAUAUUGAAGAAAAAGCUGCCAUGCUGCUAGACCAGUACCGAAAGAAAUCAACGCUGUACAAAACUAACAUGCUGCUUGUUCCCCUUGGGGAUGACUUUCGGUACUCCAGCGCAGCAGAAGCAGAGGCUCAGUUUAGUAACUAUCAAAAACUUUUUGACUUCAUCAAUGCAAAUUCGAGGAUGAAAAUGGAUGUGAAUUUUGGAACCCUUGAAGACUACUUUCAGGCACUACACGGGACUGGUGUCACUGACUUUCCAGCUCUAUCAGGCGAUUUUUUUGCGUAUGCAGACAAAGAAGAUGACUACUGGAGUGGAUAUUACGUCACUCGUCCAUUUUACAAGGCCUUAGACAGACUCCUUGAGGAGACACUGCGGGCAGCCAACAUACUCUUCGUUUUCACACAACUAAAAUGCAAUUCGACUUUUGGUCGCUUGCUUUUGAAAGAGUUCAGACAAAACCUCGUUUUAGCUACAGAAAAUCUGGCUCUUUUCCAACACCAUGAUGGAAUUACAGGUACAGCAACUAAUCAUGUUGUUGCUGAUUAUGCAGACCGCAUGCAUAAUUCCCUUGUCGGUCUUCAAAAAUCGAUGCUUGCGAGUGUUGAAUUGCUUCUUUUCAACCAAAAGAAACAGAAUGCAAACUGGUUUGAACUGGAACAAAGUCGCUCCCAUUUUACUUUGUUACCGGUAAAGAAGGUAAUAAACCUAACAGCUAACCAUAUGCAUCGGGUGACUAUCUUCAAUCCACUUGCCAUGAUCGUGGAUCAUGUUAUGGUACUUUUAGUUGACAGCCCUCUAUUCUGUGUUUUCGAUAAAAAAAUGAGAAGUAUUAAAAGCCAAGUAGCUCCAGAAUGGACAAAGGAGUCUUUAUUUACUGGAAGACACAGAGCUCAAUGGGAAACACACCUUCCUGCUCUCGGGUUUGAGACGUACUUCCUGAUGGAAUCGAACAGCUACGGUUUUUGCCAGAAGGCUGUUCUAGCGACACUAACUAUUUCAGAGAAUGGCAUAGCUUGUCCAGAGCCUUAUCAGUGUACCACAUUUCCAAACUCUAAAGACAUUCAGAUCUCCACCAGGACACAAACGUUGGGUUUUUCUCAUUCUGGUUUCAUGAAAUGGAUCAAAGACACUCAGACUCAGGAAAAAAUCAGAGUAGAGGAAGAGAUGCUUUAUUACUCUACACAAGGUGGUGCAUAUGUUUUUUCUCCUUUACGUGAGGCUGAUCCCCUUGUUGAGAAAGGUGGUUUGCUAAUAAUGGCACAGGGACCUAUCAUGGAAGAAUUGCAUCUCGUUCCAAAAAGCAAAUUUGGAGGAAAGCCCAUUAUGAGAUCAGCAAGAAUUUUUAAAAUGACAAGUAUUGUGGAAAUGGAGUACUAUGUUGAGCUCACUGGAAGAGUUUUUGACAACAAAGAGGUUAUUGUUCGGUUCAAAACUGGGAUUGAAAACAAGAGAACAUUUUUUACGGAUUCAAAUGGUUUUCAAGCAGUUGCCCGGAAAACUUAUGACAAAAUUCCGCUGCAAGGAAACUACUAUCCAAUGUCUUCGUUAGCUUGCUUGCAAGGACAUGGACACAGGUUUUCUGUACAUAGUAGACAGGCAUUAGGUGCGGCCAGCCUUGGAAACGGAUGGCUAGAAAUGAUGCUUGACAGGAGGUUGUCCACGGAUGAUGGCAGAGGCCUAGAACAAGGAAUUAUGGAUAAUAGACCCGUCAACAUAGUUUUCCACCUUCUUUUGGAAAAAAAUAUUUCUGAGCAACCACCUUCGUCGUCUCAGAUGCAAUCACUGUUGUCACAUUCUAUUGGGGCGAAACUGAACUAUCAGCCAAUUGUCUAUUUGGGAAAGGCUGAAGCUUUUGAAAACUCAGAGGUUGGCUCUUUGGUGUUAAUGCAAAAGGAAUUUCCUUGCGAUGUUCACCUUGUCAAUUUGAAGUCACUUAAAUCGUCUCAUGAGAGAUCUGAUGUUCUGCAGUACGGACUGACCCUCUAUCGCAGUGGAUGGGACAGAUCGUAUGAGAAAAACGGAUUCAAAGUUUAUGAUGAACAGGGUCUGAAUCUUUUCGAUAUAUUUCAGCCAGUCCAGGUUCAGAAUAUUGUUCAGUCGAGCAUCAAUUUUGUCCACGACUCCAUACAGGUUGGUUAUAUAGAACAGACCCCCAGAAUGGAAAGAGCAGGACCUGGGAAGAGGAAAGGUUUUAUUGAUCUAAAUCCAAUGGAGCUGCAAGCUUUUAAGUUUUCAGCAGUAAAGCAAGAUGCCACCAUAUCUGAGUAA